AUGAGGUUAAGGGCAAUCUGUAAAGGAACUGUAGCCUUUAAUGAUGGUCAUGUGGGUGAGCCUACCCCUUGUCCUUGGGUGAUACAAGGUUCUAGGUCAGAUGUAAAUAGUAAUUGGUUCAUAAAAACUUACAACCACGAACAUAAAUGCCUCCAGACAAGAAAAGUUAGAUCUGCAACAACAAAGUUUAUCUCUAAGCAGAUAAUGGACCAGAUUGAAUCCAACCCAACAAUCCCAGUCAGAGCUCUUCAAGAACAACUUCAAAAGGAUUAUCAAGUUGGAUUCUCUAUUCACAAGGUAUUUAGGGCCAAAUCUACUGCCAAAAAACUUGUCCAGGGUGAUUACAAAAAGCAAUAUGAUGUUCUUAGAGAUUACAUCCUGGAGUUGCAGUCUACUAAUCCAGAAACCACUAUGAAGUUAGAGUUUGAUUCAGAACCCAACCUUAGUGCUACCUCAAGAAGAUUUAAAAGGAUGUACGUGUGUUUGGGUGGAAUGAAGAAGGGCUUUAGAGCUUGCCUGAGGGAUUUUCUAGGUUUUGAUGGGGCAUUUAUGAAGGGCCCUUUCCCAGGACAAAUUUUAACUGCAGUUGGGGUAGACUAUAACAAUGGAAUAUACCCCCUAGCUUAUGCCAUUGUUGAGACUGAGAACACUGACAGUUGGAAGUGGUUUCUAGAGUGUAUUGCAGAUGAUCUGGACCUAUAUGCAAACUCAAACUUCACAUUUAUAAGUGACAGACAAAAGGGAUUGCAAAUUGCCAUUUCUCAGUUGUUCCCAUGUGCUGAGCACAGGUUUUGUCUUAGGCAUAUACAUGACAAUAUGAGAAAAACAUGGAGAACUAAUGAGUACAAAGAAAACUUGUGGAAUCGUGCUACAGCAACAACAGUACCAGAGUUCAAUCAUAGGAUGCAGCAAUUCAGCUCAUAUGAUGUAGAAGCUUAUAAUUGGUUGAAGAAGAUUCCCCCACAACAUUGGGCAAGAAGCCACUUCACAGGCAGAGCAGUUUCAGAUAUGCUUCUGAAUAAUCUUUGUGAAGUUUUUAAUAGCAAAUUGAUUGAGGAAAGGGACAAGCCACUAAUAACCUGCUUGGAGUGCAUUAGGGAGUAUAUGAUGAAAAGAAUAUGCAAUGUCAUAAAGGUGCAAAAGAAGUGUGUUGGUCCAUUAACCCCAUCUGCAAUAAAGAUCAUGGAGAAGAAUGUGAAUUGGGCAUCUCAGUACACAGUUAGGUGGAAUGGGUCAGAUAAAUACCAAGUGCAAGGGCCAUGGCAGGAUCAACAUGUUGUUGACAUGGUUGAAAGAGGUGCACUGGCUAGAAACAUGGAAAGCAGCUUAUGUGUACAAGGUCGAGCAAUGUGGCCUAUAAGUGAAUGCCCAAUUAAAAUCACCCCUCCUCUACACAAAAAUCAGCCUGGAAGGCCAAAGAAAAAGAGGAGGCAAUCUGCUGAGGAGAAAAGCCAGAAGAAGGGAGACAAUGUUGCUAGUGGUAGUGGGAGUCAAAGCAAUAUUGCUAGUGGGAGUGGAAAGCUUACAAGAAAGUUUAUCCAAGUAACUUGCAGCAAGUGCAAAAUUAAAGGGCACAAUGCUAGAACUUGCAAAGGCCAAGGGGGGGCUAUAGCUGCCCGUAGGUGUAAAUCGACAUCUGGUCUCCCUGAAGGCGAUAAUGCUGAGAAUGGAGUUCUUCCUCCUGUUUUAUUGCUUCUCCUGCAUCCGACAAUCUAUAAAGGAACCAACCCUAGAGAGAGAGAUAGAAGGAGAGAAAUGGAGGGCAAAGGAGAGAAAUGUCAUGGAUGCUUGAGUGCUCAAGUUGAAGUGGUGGUUCUAGGAUUCGAUGUCCUCAUUUCCAGCCUCCUCGGGUGGGUCAAGUAUCAGGUGGUUCGAAGGAGAUGCAGCCACAACUUUCCAAGGACUGAUACAUCGUCACCGGGAGGAUGGGUUGUUGGAAGGGAUGCAUCACCGGGAAGAAGGACUCAGCCGGAAGUUGGAGGGUGCGUCGGGCACCUUCUGAUGUUGGGAUUCUGUGCGCAUUUCAUAUGGAAUAUGCAUCUUCUCACCCUCUUUGACUUAAUGUACGGAUUAGAUUAA